GAUAGGGCAAAGUAUACGAUUCACGGCGACGGCACCUCUAUUUGGUUUGAUAAGUGCUUUAAUAUUAUAGUUUACUCUAAUGGCAACUGUGGACUGAAUUGUGAGCACAGCUUAGCGGACGCGCCGGCAUACGCACACAUGUGGGAGUACGCCCUUUGCCGGGAUGUGAUUGAAAGGACAUUUGAUGACGACGGUACUUGUAUGCCUCCAAACCAGACCUUCAGACAGGGAUCGCUGAAAGAUGUCGUAAGAAUUGAUUGGGACUUAAGUUCACAAGAAUUGAAGCGCAAAAUCAAUAGUGCGCUCACAUCCGCCCGAAAGUCUAACCAAGACUUGGAUUUAGUUGUCUUCGAUCACAAGGAUUGGGGAAAAGGA